AUGUAUGAUACUCUUACAGCUCUGCAAGAUAUGCCUAUUGCAGUAAGCACUAAUAAGGCAAAAUCUCAGCAUUAUGAGUUACCAACUUCUUUCUUCAGGCUCGUGCUCGGGAAGAAUCUCAAAUACAGGAUGCGGUUGGGGAUCACUGGCUUUAUAGUUGCAAAGAAUUACAGGAGUUCCAGGGUUACAGGAAUCUGCAAUUCCAUAACUCAGAAAGCUUAUAUUGAAGAGAAGUGCCAGGAUCUUCAGCUGCAAAAUUUGGAUAUCAUUGUUGCAGAUAUUAGCACCUUUGAAAUGGAAGCUUCUUAUGACAGAAUAUAUUCCAUAGGAAUGUUUGAGCAUAUGAAGAACUAUAAAGAUCUCCUCAAGAAGAUAUCCAGAUGGAUGAAAGAGGAUGGCCUUUUAUUUGUUCAUCAUUUCUGCCACAACAUUUGCCUACCACUUUGA